AUGAGCUAUCCUGGUAUAUUGCAUAAAUACAACUCAUCACAAGUUGCUUUUGAGUUCAGCCCUCUAAACAAUAAAAAUGUUGUAAUUUUGAUAGGUGGGAUGACUGAUGGACUGCUGACUGUUGAAUACACUCCUGGUUUGGUAGAUGCAUUGGGCUCGAUUGGAUAUUCGGUUGUUCAAUUGCAAAUGAAGAGCAGUUUCAAAGGGUUUGGUAUUUCCUCUUUAAGUGAAGAUAUCCAACAGAUCAAAGAAUUAGUAGAUUAUUUAAGAAGUGAACAAGGUGGAAAACGAGAAAAAGUAUUAUUAUUAGGCCAUUCUACAGGUUCCCAAGAUGCUAUGUCAUAUUUAUUGAAGUAUGGGGCAACAGUAGACGCUGGGAUAUUGCAAGCAUCUGUAUCUGAUAGAGAAGCAUUUGGUAACGAAAUGAGUACCGAUGAGCUAUUGCGAAUGAAUGAGAAAGCUUAUUCAUUGGUUUGUGAUAAUAAGCCAAAUGAAAUUUUGGACUCCUCAUAUGCUAAUUGUCUAGGUGAAGUACCAGUGACUGCUUACAGAUGGUGUUCAUUAAUGAUUAAAGGCGGUGAUGAUGAUUACUUUUCAAGCGAUUUAUCAAUGGAAUCACUUAGAGAAACAUUUGGAUCUCUAAGAACUCCAUUCUUAAUAGCAUACUCAGAAGAGGAUGAAUUUGUUCCUGACCAUGUUAACAAGCAGGAAUUGAUAUUAAAAUGGAAAAAUUGUAGUAAUUCAGAAUAUUGGUCUCAGUAUUCUGGUUUAAUUAAAGGAGCUUCCCACACUGUCAGACAAGAGGAAUCUCAAAAAUUACUAUAUAGCAAUAUAAUUAGAUUCAUCGAUGAAUUCAACCUAAAAUAA